AUGGUCUCUCUGAAACGAGGGCCGAGACCCUUCCUUUUGCUACUGCUUUGCUUGCCUUUCUUACUUUCUUUGAUUACAUCUACCUAUGCCAAAUCACUUACCGCCGACGCCAUCGCUGUCUCAUCCUCCGCCAACGACCCUUACACAUGUUCUAAAAGCAAGCCGUGUAUCAACGGCGCUUGUUGUGGCAGCAGUGGUCACUGUGGAUUCGGUCCAACAUACUGCGGUGAUGGCUGCAUGCACAACUGCGACGCAACUGCUGACUGUGGAAAAUAUGCAAAGGUUGCUGGACAAGGCUGUCCUUUGAAUGUCUGCUGCUCCGAAUUCGGCUUCUGUGGAACAACCAGUGAAUUUUGCGAGCAAAAAGACGAAAAAGACAAAGGCUGUCAAUCUCACUGUGAACAACCAAAGCCAUCAGUCAAGACAUCCAAUGUCCAGGAACGUGUCAUCGGAUAUUGGGAGGCCUGGAACAUGGACCAUGCCUGUGGUACCAUGGAGCCAGGUGAGAUUCCUGUUCAAAUGCUCAGUCACUUGAUUAUCUCCUUUGGUUAUAUCACCCAGGAGUACAAGAUCACCAACAUGGAUGGUGUAUCUCCUGAUUUGUAUAAAAUUGUCGGUGAUCUGAAGCAACGGAACCCUAAGCUCAAGAUCAUGAUUGCUCUGGGAGGAUGGACAUUCAAUGACCCCGGAGCUUGGCAGAGCGUUUUCCCAACGAUGGUGUCAAGUGAAGCAAACCGGAAAACAUUCAUCGAUAACCUCCUCGGAUUCCUCUCCGAGUACGGCUACGAUGGUGUUGAUUUCGACUGGGAGUAUCCUGGCGCGGAUGACCGUGGUGGCUCCGAUGCUGAUGGAGCAAACUACGCCAAACUCCUCAAGGAGCUCAAAGCGGCAAUCAGCGUCAGCGGUCGUGACUACCUUGUCACUUUCACAUCUCCAACUUCCUACUGGUAUCUUCGCCAAUUUGAUCUCAAGGCGAUGGCUGACAACGUUGACUGGAUCAAUCUGAUGGCAUAUGAUCUUCAUGGUGUAUGGGAUGGAGAUAAUCCCAUCGGAAACCAUGUCCUCGCCCACACCAAUUUGACCGGUAUCGAUGAAGCCCUUGAUCUUUUCUGGCGAGUGGAUGUCGAGCCAUCGAGUAUUGUUCUUGGCUUAGGGUUCUAUGGUCGAACCUUCAAGCUGAAGGACGCUUCAUGCUGGAAACCGGGAUGUGAAUUCAGUGACCCAGGUGCUAAAGGCCCUUGCACAGACACCGAGGGAAUUCUCUCAUACAGAGAGAUUUCGCAGAUUCGCAAGGAUACCAGAGGCACUGCAUACCUUGACAAGGAAGCCGGUGUCAGGUACAUGGUCUACAAUAAGGAUAGCUGGGUCGCCUUUGAUGACGCAACGACGUUCCAGAUGAAGAUCGACUAUGCCAACAAGAUGGGACUUUCCGGUCUGAUGAUCUGGGCGAUCGACCUUGAUGACAACACUCUCAGCGCCCUGCGUGCUGUGUCCGAUUCGGAUGCAUUGGGCAGCUCUGAUUCCGGAUAUAAUCUCGUCGAUUACGCUCACAUCUUCCCAUCCGAAAUUCGCCCACAGAAUACGACAAAGCCUGUGUACGGUAUCUCGACAUUUGGAUCUGCUGGAUCCCUGGCGCCAAAUGGAGGCGGUUUUGGCUUCCUUCUUCUUGCUGGCGAGUCUCAUGCGGUGUCAAGACUCCGAAGGCGCGACAACGAGCCGGAGCCUUUCCAUUUCCUCGACUGCCCUUCAAAUGUCACAGGUGCUCCGAAGGACCAGAUCCAUACCGCGCGUGUUGUUUGCCUCAGUGAUGAUCUUAAUGGAUGCUUCCAAGUGAUGGAGCGAGGUGUUGAGGGCACAAUCGUUGAGAUGCCAGACAAUUGCGCUCCUGACACUUUUGCCCGCGCUGUUUCUCUUGAGCCUUCUCAAAACCAAGUGGUAUCCGCUAAGAUUAAAAAGCGAAACCCUACUUCAAAGGUCUACGACUUCAAAUUUGACUACAACAUGGACUUGAGUCGGCGUGAUACGACCAACCACACAAGUGUCCGCCUAGAUUACUCGAACGUCCAGGGCUAUUGGGACAAAAUAGUGGACUCUCCUGGUAUUGACGAAGACGAUGGAUCAAAAGAAGCUAGAUCCCUGGUCAAAAGGUUCUACUCUUCGUCCAACUCAGACUGGAGAUCGAAUUACGGAACCUCCAACACACAUUUCCAAUAUGAAAACACCAAUGCCAUCCCCGUCAAGCAAGACCUCAGUGAGCUAGUCUGGUACCAGAAAGCCAAGGAGUGCAAGAUUGAGGGAGAGGACUAUGGCGAAUCCUUUGCAGCUUAUGUCACCGGUGAAAUCGAUGCCCAGAUGUACAUUGGGUUUUCAAUGGUUGGCGCGUACUACCCGGGAGGUGAGCUGACAAUCAAUCAGGCAAAUGGCUUUGUCAAGGCUGCCGGUAAGAGUGACCUGACAUAUGGAAUUCGGGGCUUUGGAGAGGUAGACUUCUCCAAGGCAGACAAGGGUAACCCAAGCCAUGGUGCGAAGCGAUCCUUCGAUCUCAAAGGAGCCACAAUCAGUGCUGGCAGCAACAGCUUUGUGUCUUUCAGUCCAUACCUUGACGUCUCCUACGAGCUUGCCUCCCUCAAUGGAACCAAGAACACCAACUUCCACGACAGCGCUACUAACUUCAUCGGUCAGCUCGAGACCCGUGUGACUCAAGACUUCUCCAAUGUCACUGCAUUUUGGCCAAUGAACUACCCAGAGGACAAGAAGCCCGAGUCUGGUUCAUUUAUGCCAAAUGAUGUUUCUGUUGGCAAGGACAACAACAUCUGGAUGAGCGACAGUAACGGCGGAACGCUGGCCGUUGGAACAUUUGUGAGAUUCGGUGUGAACGUUGACCUUGAGGUCCUUGGGCAGACCAAGAAGAAAACGCUCGACUCAACUGCAGUGGCAGAUAUGGCAUUGAUGUACAACACCUUUGCGCAAUUCUCUUACCACCCUGAUGAAAACCAUUCGAAUAAAUCUUGUUCUGAUUUUACCAUCGCAACGACUGUUUUCCAAGAAGCCAAAUCAGAGCAGCUGAAAUCUCGGACUGGAUGGAAGGACAGCGAUUCUAGUGAGAUUGGGUCUGACAAUCAAUCACCCAAGUCUGGGUCUAUCUGUUACUACAAUAAUGUGCUGAAGUCAAGUGGAAAACGUGACUUUGAUGAUGAUGUCUACAACUUGACUGCCUCUGCCGAAAAUACCGAGGAAAACGAUCUCCAAACCCGUGGUGAUUACGUCCCUUCAUUUGAAGGAGCUUUCAAAUACGGCGCACAGAAGUUCCAGCCUCCCAGCCCGGAAGAGUUGCUCAGCAAACAGGUGUAUGGGCAACUCGGGGAUGCAACGGAGGGCAAACUUGGAGGCAAGAACGAUGGAUCCUGCACCGAAAUCGAAGAAUUAGAAGAGGAACAGCCAUGCUGCGGCUGUGUGAGCAUGGACUACAAGUAUGGGUAUAGCGAUAUCCUGUCUUAUGAUAGUUGUGACUGCUGCUCGACAAGUCCCACAAACGGAGACUGGCGGCGCGCAACAAGAGGGAAUGUCAUUCCGUUGAACAAGAGAGCCUCUGAUGCAUCAUUCACACAUGACGAAGAGGCAUUUGAUGGCAACACAACCUACUACUCUGAAAAUAGCCUCGAAAAGAGGGUAUGGGGAACCGCCGGCAGGGGCGAAAAAGAAGUCACUAUGUGCGGCAAGAAAACCUACGCCCGGACUCCUGGCACAUAUCCCCAGUUCCCCGAAGACCCCAAUGCGCCUUGGGCCGGGAUUCAAAAAGGCAAGUGGGAUCCAAUCUCAAGAUGGUGGGGCAAUACGUCGUCCCAUUGCGGCAUUUGGAAUGUCGGACCAAAGCAGGAUUUCGACACAGAGUACACACCUCAGGGAGUCCAAAGAUCGAUGUACCAGACCGAGCAUGUCUUUGAAGGCCAACUUGUUGGUGACUUUUUCACCCAUUGGCUUGCCGAAGGUGAAAUUGUGAACCAAAACCCGGCGCCAACAAGUCGAGCACGCACAUUGAAAUGCGAUGAUUCUCUCAAAUAUGUUUUCAACGACAAGCGCUGGCCUAGCACUGACUACAGAGGGAAACCGGUGACACUCACAUUCUUCCAUAUCAUGCUUAGAGAGCUUGGCAGCAACGAGCACCUCGACCGACUGACAAUUUUCAAAGCACGACCUAAUGGGAUGAAAGGCGCUAUGUUUGGAGGGAAACAGGCCAUUGAUGUUGCAAAUAGCUUCGAAGGGAAACCGGCAGAUGACCAGCUUUCAGCCGCCAAGGAGAUGGGCAUGGUCUUCACCUACAUGAAUGAUCCAACCGUAUGGAAGAUGUUCUGCGACACAUAUGAAGCCAUAUAUGAUCGUCUUGGUGAAUUCGACGAUUACCACCGACAACAAAAUACCGGUAUUCCCUCUCUGCAGGAUGAAUGGCCUAGAUUCAUUGACGCUGUUCUCUACUCGAUGGCCAAUCGGGCGCAGGGGACUCUCAAACUGAUGUUCUACAAGCGAGCGGAGAAAUUUAACAGCCAUUACAUUUACUUCUGGGGACACAACAUGCUUCACAAUUAUUUCAAGCUCAAAUUGCCUGGAAAGUGUCCAAACCUGCCUCGGUCUUAG